AUGGCCAUCCGAGGUGCGACGACGCACACUAACGAUUGGCAUCUGUUUAGCGACCAUGGAGUCGGAUGUAUAGUCGAAUCUAGGCGUGAUUUGAUUCGUUGCAUGGACUUGGCUAGAUGUAUGGCCAACAGGGCUAGCAAUAACGACAAGGUAGAGCAGCUAUUUUUGCCCACUUUAUUGCUCUUCUCCACGCUCUCUUUGGCCGACGUGCACACGGACGCUGUCGGCUCGACUCCACAGUCGCCCGUGAUCCUUCAAAUUCCGGAGCUCGCGACCAUGUUGCUGUGUCGUCCGGGAAGGAGGCCCGUCGACGUUGCUCCGAAAAGGCGCUUGCACUCGAGCGAGUUUCGACUACAGACCACGCCUGCUGAUCAGUGGUAUCGUGUGAAUCAUGCAUUAUCAAAGAAGUCAAGGGAAAAAGCCUCGGUUGCUGAUGAUCCUCUCGGCCGUGUUACUGCAAGUAGUUUGGGGUGUGAAGCAGGCGGAGCGACUCCGACUAGGCGGAUAAGCAGUUGUGGGCUUGAUGGGACUUUGUUACGAAAGGAUGCAACUCUUUUUGCUUAUUCCCAACCAGCUGCUACUGCAGGAUUCUCUUCCUUGGGCCUGGUGCAGAGCGGGUCCAGAGGACCUGUACUGGUGAAGGGUCUGCAUCUGCAUGUGGAGAGGGUGCGUCGAAUCACUAGCUCGCAGCGUAGUGGAUAUGCAGGAGUCGUAUCGGGCAUGGCCAACGCCACAAAGGCCGGCCGUUGCCGUGUGACAGUUCACCGGCUCGUGGACCCUGCAAUGGAAGGUUACAACGCCUAUCGCAGUCGUGCCUCUCUCAAUCUCGACCUUAUCCGCCUGUCCGUGUCUCUUGCCAGCCGCCCUGACGCGCUCCGUACCUCCCGUUCCGCCUCAUCAAGACUCCACCAUGGCCGAUGA